CUUCGAUUCCAUCGUCAUCAUUCCAUUCCUUCCAUGCCAUUGUCCCCAGAGCCGCAAUAAUUCUUCUUCGUCCUUCGUAUCGCCAGACACAAACACCACAAUGGGCCGAAAACGCGCCGAUUCCCCGUCCAACAUCAAGUUCCAGCAGCCCGACCGCAGCGGACCCAAGGAAAAGACCCUGCUAGAAUUGGCCGAGGAAAGGGGGCUCUUCGCACAAGCGCAAAAGAAACAGGAGGAAAACGACAAGUACUCUAAAACCAAGAUCAAAAAGAUUCCGAUAAAGCCAGAGAACCCUAACGACCAUGACAACGAACCACUGUCCCCCGGAGCCGAGCGCUUCCUCGACACCACCCUCUACACCAUGAGCCUGACCAUGCUGCACUUCACCUUGGACGUCCUUGUCCAGAACCAAUAUUCCGCCGAUCGCAUCGUGUGGCCCAAGGUUUGGAUGAGAGCAUUCCAGGCCUUGUUUGUCUUCGGCUUCCUCAUCUACACCCUCCACGCUCACUCUUCGAACCCGACCAUCCUCCCCGGCCUACCUGCCCGCUUCCAAAACCAUCUCCGACAGGUCAUCUUCCUAAUCAUGAGCGUGACCUCGGGAUGCUACCUGAUCCACAUCACAAACACAUACGGAUACCUGGCCGUCAUGAAGCAAGCGCCACCCGUGGGUUGUCUGUGGGUGUGGUCCGUCAUUGAACUCCAGCUUCCGUGGGCUGUCCUCAGCCUGGCAGUUGCAGGCACAUAUCUAAAAGUCAGAGGUUAUGACAUCAAGUGAGAUGGUCUGGUGGUCAGCACGGAGGAACCUGGUUCUGAAAGCCAAGCAAACCCAGAGGGGGUUGAGGACUGGUGGCGCCCGUGUC